CUCGGCAGGAUCACUAGGAUGAGACAUGAUCCUCUCAUAAUUAUUCAGAGUUUCUCCUAACAGAAGAUUUUGACUACGGUACAUUGGCAUCGUGUAUCAUUAAUUAGAUAUCGUCCAACUUUCUGAGAAGCGGAUGUGGAUACUAUUUGACUCAUUGUUUUCUUCCAACACUUCAUUUUUGCCUGAUUUAAACUACUGAUACAAGAGGGUUAUCCUGAGAUUUCUGUAACUGAACUUGAUUUCAAGGGGAUGAAAGGGAAACUCUGGACAGGAUUCUGAUUGACAGACACUUUGACGAUGGCACGACGGACCAACAGGUUGUGCUUAUUGGUUCUCCUAAUGCUGGGACUUUCAGCGGUCGAAUCUGAAGCCGAUGACGAUUCAUGGCUAGGUGACUGGGGACCCACUCAUUGGCUGGAGGAGCUAUGCCACUGGGUCGGAAUGUGUGAUGCCGUUUGCUACGGGGAUCUCGGCUGUUUCUCCAACGAGUUAGCGUGUCACAGGGACUUCUUCCCCCCGAUGCGGCCGGCUGAGAUAGGUACGCGUUUCACGCUUCACACGCGCGGUAGUCGCAACGCGCCGGCCCCGUUGAACCGCACCGGCGGUGACGGUGCUCUCUGGCGGUGGGACUUCAGCGCCAAACGGAAGACGAUUUUCAUCAUACACGGAUGGGGUGAGACCGACAACAAGGCAUGGGUGUUGGAGUUGAGGGACGCGCUACUUGACAAGGCUGACGCCAAUGUGAUAACCGUUGACUGGGAGGAAGGCGCCGACGAGCUGAACUACAUGAAAUCAGUGCAGAACAUACGUGUGGUAGGACGCGAGGUCGCCAUGACAGUCCAAUACCUGUACGCGCAGAUGGGUGUGGAUCGAGCAAUGGUGCAUCUUAUCGGCCAUAGCUUGGGUGCACAUGCCGCAGGGUAUGCUGGGAAACACUUACGGAACAUUGGUCGAAUCACUGGUUUAGACGCAGCGGGCCCCGGCUUCGAAAAUACCGAUGCCGGCUGCCGAUUGGACCGAAGUGACGCCAAGUUUGUUGACGUCAUUCACACAAGCGCCAAUAGGCUGCUAGAAGGUGGUGCUGGCAUAGAACAAAAGAUAGGACACGUAGAUUUCUACCCCAACGGAGGCCGGAGCCAACCCGGCUGCAAAUGGUGGAUGCUCGGUUGCAAUCACGCGAGAUCUCACGCCUACUUCACCCAGAGCCUGCGAGAUUCCUGCCGGUUUCCCGCCGUGCCGUGCGAGACUCUGAGCGACUUCCGGUCGGGCAAGUGCCGGUCGUGCGGCCGUAGAGGGUGCCCUUCCAUGGGGUACGAGGCGGUCCGAAACCGCGGCAGCCAGGGCAGCUACUACCUGAAAACUCUGGGAAGGAGUCCGUACUGUAACCCCAAGAAGUCUCGUUUCCGGGACAAGUUUCUCAGGCAGGGGUCGACAAAUGACGUCAUCACGACAAGAAAAAGAAAACUAGGUCUGACGAAGAAAAAACGCCAACAAGUGCACGGUUAAUCGAGACAUUGUAAACGUACACAUCUAGGUAUAUGAACGAGAUUUAAGGCCAAGGAAUGUUCGUGCUUUAAUAUAAGUUCAACAUUGUUACCCAAGACUCAACAAUCCUGCACGUUGUAUCGGAUACACAGACACGUUUUUGCUACAAGUUGUUGGGAUAUACAAUAAUUUGGUCAUAGGCUGUAUUCGAUCAUGUUGAUGUGACAUAAUUUAGGUCUUGUAUAAAACAAAAGAACGAAUGUUUCAUAUUUCGUGCAAUGGAAAGAACAAUUUAAUACGGUGACAGGCAUGUUCCAAUCCACUCAGCUUCGCCUCGUGUAAAGGAAUGGAAAAUGCCAAUCUGUCAUUUUAUGAAAUUAUUCUUACUAUCACACUCAUAAACAUAUCUUAUUAUUUUGUAAAUUGGCUUGUUAUUUCUCAUAAAGUGGAUUUUUUUGAAGAACACUUGAAGAACAUGCGUG